GCCACGCUUCCUCCGUCUGUGUCCCUGUCUAAACCCAUUGGCUGUCAAGUCAGCGUCGGAGUGGACGGUGAAGGGAGCCGCUCGGAUGGACAUGGCAGAGAAGAAGGUGUCUCGGUGGUACUUCGGGGGCAUCGCUUCGUGCGGGGCUGCCUGCUGCACGCACCCACUGGACCUCCUUAAGGUCCACCUACAGACACAGCAGGAAGUGAGGAUGAGGAUGACGGGGAUGAUGAUGCAUGUGGUGCACAGGGAGGGGGUCCUGGCAUUGUACAGUGGCCUCAGUGCCUCCCUCUGCAGACAGAUGACGUACUCGCUGACCCGGUUUGCCAUCUAUGAGACGGUGCGGGACAUGAUGUGGGGAGCCAGCCACGGUCCCAUGCCCUUUUACCAGAAGGUUCUUCUGGGAGCUUUCGGAGGGCUUGCGGGGGGCUUUAUUGGGACACCUGCAGACAUGGUUAAUGUCAGGAUGCAGAAUGAUGUGAAACUGUCGCCUGAACUCAGGAGGAACUAUGCUCAUGGUCUGGAUGGGAUGUUCCGCGUGUGGAGGGAAGAGGGACUGAGGAAGCUGUUCUCUGGAGCCACAUUGGCCUCCAGCAGGGGGGCGCUGGUUACUGUAGGACAGCUCUCCUGCUAUGACCAGGCCAAGCAGCUGGUGCUGGGGACGGGAGCCAUGUCAGACAACAUCCUCACCCACUUCUUGGCCAGCUUCAUCGCAGGAGGCUGUGCCACAUUCUUAUGCCAGCCUCUGGAUGUGGUGAAGACCAGGCUGAUGAACUGUAAAGGGGAAUAUGAGGGAGUGAUGCACUGCCUGACAGACACAGCCAAACUGGGACCGAUGGGCUUCUACAAGGGCCUGGUUCCGGCUGCAAUCCGCCUGGUCCCCCAAACGGUGCUGACAUUCAUCUUCCUCGAGCAGCUGCGGAAAUACUUUGGUGUCAUCAUGAUCGCCUGAGCGUGACCUUUGACCCCCCCAUGGUGUCAGCCUCACUUCCUGUUCCUCUGGCACACCCCCCCCCCACCCUUUUGGCCGGCAUUGUGCCGGUUGGAUGGGCAGGAUGGCUGAAAGAAUCCCCAACCCCACCUCCACUGGUGGGUAAGAUCCUGGCUGACUCGCUGGGAAGCAAACAUCAAUUUCCCACCGGAAAGUGUGCAAGACCGUAUCCAGUCAAUUAAAAACGUCCAAUAACAACGUUAUUUUACCCAAGACAAUGUAGGGGACGAGCUGACACAUUGUGAUGGGCACCUCGUCACCUCUCUCCCUGACUCCGCCCCCCGCAGAGCAAUUGGCUGUAGUGCGGACAGAAGUGCUGCCCAACCCUCCAGCCAAUCAGCUGCAGGGAGUUACUGGACUGCUGUGGAGCUGAAAGUGCGACUGAUCUGGAAUCAGCGGUCAUCUGGUUCAGAGUGUGAUGAGGUGAUGGUUAUUGAUCAAAAAUAAUAAUAAUUGUGUUCUGACUGGUGUAAGCAUCCCAGAUCUGUGUCCAUGAGAUGGUUGAAGUGAAUGAAGUAUUUCUGGAAUGGAGGUCAUAUCGAGGGUACUGGAAUGGAAUGGACUGCACCCAUUGUGAUCUCGACUUACUCGUCAGCAGUUAUGGAAGGAUCAUAGACGGCCUCUACUAACAACAUCAGAGCUAUAUGAAGUGUUUAAUUUACCGUUAACAUCCAGCAAAUUAUUCUUCCUGCUUUUAUUCUUUCACAAUCAUUCCUUUUUGUGUUAUACUUUAGACAUUAGUGACAGGGAGUUUCACGUAUUCCCUAAUAGGUAGAACUGCAAUGAACUCUGAAGCACUUGCUCAUAAAAACCAAUCACAAGACAUGGAUGCCCAUUGCAAAAAGCCAUCACUGGAUCAUGAUUGGGUGAUAUCAUUGAUGGGACAUGAUAGCACGUAGCUCAUUUGGGGUAGUUCAUGAACCCUCAUACAGUAGGUCUUGCACACAGACAGCACGAUCGCACAGUGACAUUUAACUGAGAAAUAACCCACAAGCUGAGAAGCACAAAAUCAGAACAAGAUAGGUGACAGAACUAAAUGUGUAUAAAUGUGAAAAUAUCCAAUUUGUAGUUUAACUUUUAAAAAUGUCGUUUUGAGUUUUUGGAAAAACGUUUUAUUGAGAUUAGCUCCACCUUAUGCUCAUAACGCAUCAGAAUUGUAAAAAAGCUGUUCAAUCAUCUGUUUGGAGUUGCUUUCUUUGUGACAGUAAAGAACGACCUCCUUCUCUGAAUGAACGUGCUCUGUGCUUGUCUUUGCAGAAAGGUAAAUGUUUUUUGUCUGUACGUGAAAGACAAAUUAGUCUCCUGUCUACUUUCUUUCAAACCUGUCGGGAUUGCACGCCUUUCCUUCCCUUGGUCUACAGGGGGCACUGUUGUACCACAGAUUUCUGCUGUGAAUGUGAGGCUGUCAGGCAGA